AUGAAUCCAGAAUACGCGAAAUUCGUGCCUGAAGGCACCGAAAUUCAGUUCUGCAGCAUGUUUCAGGGGAAGGAGACUUGUUCAUUACUGGUGGAAAGCUUGAUUUGUGCUAUAACCUGCAAUCCAGGUUCCAGCAAUUAUGUGACAUCAAACAAUGGAGCUGUAACGGUUACAGUCUGCGAAACAACGGCGAACCGAGUCUACGACGCCUGCUCCGGACUUACGUACAACAACUUUCCGCUAAGCUCACUGAUCAAGGACGCGGGAGGGUUCAUGUCAGGUGCCAUGACAAGCAUCGUGAAGAUGGCAACAGGGCUCAAAGACGUGACCAUCAACGUCGACAAGACAAAUGGCAAGUGUUACAGUGGUCCCAAGGCGCUUCCAGAGUCCACCUCUUGCUGCGACAACAUGACUGUGCCUGGAAACUGCCCUGCUGGCGUGGUUGACGCCAACCAGUUCAGCCAAUCACUUGGGAAGAUUAAGAGCACUGCAUUGUGUGGAAAUGCUACAGCGCAGAGCACCCAGGCUGCAUCCCCACCACCGCCUCCAAAGAGUGCUAAUGUUGCCACUGUUUCCCUUGUGACGCUAGUGUGCAUGCUUGCAGGCAUGAUGCUGAUUUGA